CCCUGAUUAAAUAUAACUAUAGAUACAGAAUGUGUAUGUAGAACAAGAGAGCACCCGGAGACAGAGAAAGAAAGAGCGGAAGAAGAGGAGAGAGAUGGGGGAGAUAAUUACAUGGCUACUGUUCUUCUUCAUCCACAUAGCUCUCCUUGUUGUAGUUGUUUAUCAGCUUAUGUGCUUAGCGGAUUUAGAGUUUGAUUACAUUAAUCCUUAUGAUUCUGCAUCUCGCAUAAACUUUGUGAUAUUACCAGAAUUUAUUACACAUGGAGUUUUAUGCUUAAUAUAUCUUUUCACUGGGCAUUGGGUGAUGGUCUUACUUGGUUUGCCAUAUCUUUACUACAAUGUUCGAUUGUACACUCGGAAGCAACAUCUUGUGGAUGUCACAGAGAUCUUUAACCACCUAAGCUGGGAAAAAAAGCAACGGCUUUUCAAACUUGGAUACCUUAUAUUUCUCCUCUUCAUCACCUUAUUUUGGAUGAUCUAUAAUGCAUUGGAAGAUGAUGAAAUUCUCUCUCUCGUUCUUCGCCAACGUCACCACAGCUGCAAAGGCUUCUCCGAUCUUCCACGCCGGCGACCCUCCUCCGAUCUCCGCUCCAGAACACCGCUGCCGGCACCGGCCACUGCUACGUCUCCUGAAAUCAUGGUACAUGCAGCCAAAGGAGUAUUUAUCUCAUGUGACAUACCAAUGGCUCAAUUCAUAAUAAAUUACAACGCUUCAUUGCCACAAUCACAAAAGUUCAUUAUACACAUUUUGGAUGGAACUCAUCUGUUUGUAAGCAGUGGUAUGGAAGGCAUGAUAAGAAGUGCCAUACAAGAGUUCAGAGAGAAGAACACAUAUGAGAAACCUGCUUGAUUCUUCAUUCAUUAUAAUACACAAUUUUGGAUUUGGAUAGAACUCUUCCUUCUCAGUUUCCAACAUGUAAACGCCUUUUUAUAUAUAACAAAUUAGCAAUCACAAAAUUUCAAAAAUGG